ACACCGCCAUUCCCAAAUCUCUCUUCGCCACUUAUUCUCUGCUCUCUUCAUUUAUUCAAAUCCAUACCUAAUAUAGUUUGUCUCAAGAGUGUCUGCAAUCCAAAGGUCAUAUGGAUCUGCAUCAAUAAUAUGGUCCAUUCUUUCAUUUUCAAUCCUUAGCUGGUCCUGCAUUGGCUUUUAUUGAAACAAUGUAGGGAAUAGUACUGUUUGUCAACCAAACUAACAUAGGUACUAUUUUUCAGCUCCAGAUUUCUGUUAAUAGUUUGAAAGACAAAGCCAUGUGAGACUUUAUUGACCUGCUAUGUCCUAAGAACCCAGUAGCCAAUAAAUCCAAAUUCAACGAGAUUUUCCACAUUCAUCCCUUCCAUCUAUAUAUACACCCAUAAACUUGGUUCACUCCCAACAAAAUUUCUCACAUCUCUACAUUAAUUAGCAUCUUUGCUUUGAACAAAAAAUACUCAGAAAGUUCACUUUUCUUGGAUCCUUACCAAAGGGAAACCAAAAGGAAAUCAUGGGUAUUCGUUUUCCUUCAGUUCUUACCAAGCAAAUUCUACGGCGAUCUUCAACAUCUAUGGAUGUGCCCAGAGGAUUCUUAGCAGUAUAUGUGGGGGAGACUGAGAAGAAGAGAUUUGUGGUUCCAGUAUCCUAUCUCAACGAGCCUUCCUUCCAGGAAUUGCUUAGUAAAGCUGAAGAAGAAUUUGGUUUUGAUCAUCCAAUGGGUGGUUUGACGAUUCCCUGUAGAGAAGACAUUUUCAUUUGUGUUACUUCUCUAAUAAACAGAUCAUGAAAGCAUGAAAAUUAAUCUCUAGAGACAAUUUUGUAUAGCAGGAAGUAAAUGUAAAUGAUUUUUUUCCUCUUUGAGCAGAUGAGGUUUUUCCCAUUAAGAAGUUAUUUUGUACAAUGUUCCACAUUGGAAGUGAAACUUGUU